AUGGGACAAAACGAUAAGGAUGUGUGCAAGUCAGACCGAUGCUGUUGCCAACUGAUAUCAAAAUGCGAGGAAAAACCUAAGCCACGAAAAAAUGUGUGCGGUGGACGUGAGGAACGAACGGAAAUGAGUAUAUGUGAUUUCUUAAAAUCACAACCGAUUCCGGAAUGGAUCAAAGUGAACAGCGGGGGUCCUCAGCAUGGGCGUAAUCCAUGUGCCGAGGCAAACGGUUCAAAAGACAGACAGCGUGGUUCGUGCGGACAGGCACCUCCGGCGUCGAACUGCAGCCCCGGCAAAAACCGCACAACCCAUGUACCUCGGCCGAAACCCCAAACGGAGUGGGUACGAUCAUCCGAACAGCUCUGCUUGCCGAACAACGGUGCAAUGAAUCAAUCUCAGAACCGUCACCGGAACGAUCAGCAACCAUCUAACUGUGAUAUGGAAGACCGGCAACUAUCGCAGAUCAUCAUCAACUUCGGGACGGUGGUGACCAGCGAGUCAGGUCAGCAGACCAAUACGGAAGUCCAGGAAGUUCCGUUGGAGAAAAAGCGACGAUCAUGUAAGACCAACGCCCGUCCACCGCCAGAUCGUUCAAGCUGUACACGCGGGCCUGCCGAUCGUUCGACCUCCACCUGUCCACCUGCUGAACGUUCGACCUCUACCUGUCAACCGCCUGAACGUCCAAUUCCCACCUGUCCACCAGAGCGUUCAAGUUGUACACGUGCCCCAGCCGAUCGUCCAAACCCCACCUGUCCACCGCCAGAUCGUUCAAGCUGUACACGCGGGUCUGCCGAUCGUUCGACGUCUACCGGUCCAACAGAGCGUUCAAGUUGUCCACGUGCCCCAGCCGAUCGUCCAAUGCCCACAUGUCCAUCAGAGCGUUCAAGUUGUACACGUGCCCCAGCCGAUCGCCCAAACCCCACCUGUCCACCGCCAGAUCGUUCAAGCUGUACACGCGGGUCUGCCGAUCGUUCGACGUCUACCGGUCCAACAGAGCGUUCAAGUUGUCCACGUGCCCCAGUCGAUCGUCCAAUGCCCACAUGUCCAUCAGAGCGUUCAAGUUGUCCACGUGCCUCAGCCGAUCGUUCAAAAUACGGUUCAGGUGCUCCAGCCGAUCGUUCAAAAUACGGUUCAGGUGCGCCAGCCGAUCGUUCCACCUCUUCCUGUCCACUGGCCGGCCAUUCGUCUUUUACACUACCACAGGCAUCUUCGACCUUUAUACGUCCAUCGACGGAUCGGUCGAAUUUCACUUGUCCGCAGGCUGAUCGGAACAAUCGUUCAAUAAGUACACGUUCGCAGCCUGAUUGGUCAACACCUACCCGUUCACUGGUAGAUCGUUCGAACUCAGUCCGUCCACCUAACGUUCGUCCUCCCAACGUCCGUCCACCUAACGCCCGUCCAUACGGAAUGGAAUCUAAUACUAUGACGCGGGGAUCUUACAGUAGUCGGUACCAGGAUAACCCAAGUACUCAACAGAGAACCCAUUCCGAAUCUGGGAUGAAGUCAAAAACGUCGCAAUGUUAUUGCGAUAACGCCAACUCGGACUACUAG